GAAAGCAAAACGCCAAACAGUCUCUGUGUGAAACUCGCAGCGCCGGGCAAAGGACACAACACUCCACAGUGUCAGUCACUGCACCCCAUCACGCCACCCUCCCUUCUCGGCCGUUGCCGCGAGCGAGCUCGGACCCACCGCCGAUGGCGACGGCGACGGGCGCGAUGGCCGCCACCUCCCAGGCCCCGAUCCCUGCUGCCGCCGCGUUCCCGGGUGGUCUCGGCCUCGGACGCCGCCGGGCGGCCGCGCCAGGGUGGCGCGCCGGCGGGAGGCGCCUGCGUGCGUCGCCGUCCGCCCGGAGGCCGUUCGUGUUCUCGCCGAGGGGCGUGUCGGACUCGCGGAGCUCGCAGACGUGCCUCGAUCCGGACGCUAGCACGAGUGUUCUUGGGAUUAUCCUUGGAGGUGGUGCUGGGACAAGGCUAUAUCCACUGACGAAGAAGAGGGCAAAGCCGGCAGUACCGCUGGGCGCCAACUACAGGCUCAUAGAUAUCCCAGUCAGCAACUGUCUGAACAGCAACGUGUCAAAGAUCUAUGUACUGACGCAGUUCAACUCUGCUUCGCUCAACCGCCACCUCUCGAGGGCCUAUGGGAACAACAUUGGUGGGUACAAGAACGAGGGAUUUGUUGAGGUCCUUGCAGCACAACAGAGCCCAGAGAAUCCUAACUGGUUUCAGGGUACUGCAGAUGCUGUACGUCAAUACAUGUGGCUAUUCGAGGAGCACAACGUCAUGGAGUUCCUUAUUCUGGCUGGAGAUCACCUGUACCGUAUGGACUACCAAAAGUUCAUUCAAGCACAUAGAGAAACAGAUGCUGAUAUAACUGUUGCUGCACUACCAAUGGAUGAACAACGUGCAACUGCAUUUGGCCUUAUGAAAAUUGAUGAUGAAGGGAGGAUAGUUGAGUUUGCUGAGAAACCGAAAGGAGAGAAGUUGAAAUCAAUGAUGGUUGACACCACUAUACUGGGUCUUGAUCCAGAGAGGGCCAAGGAAUUACCUUAUAUUGCUAGUAUGGGAAUCUAUGUUUUUAGCAAAGAUGUGAUGCUUAGGCUUCUCCGAGAAAACUUUCCUGCAGCAAAUGAUUUUGGGAGUGAGGUUAUUCCUGGAGCAACAGAAAUUGGAAUGAGGGUGCAAGCUUACUUAUAUGAUGGUUACUGGGAAGAUAUCGGCACUAUUGAGGCAUUUUAUAAUGCCAACUUGGGAAUAACCAAGAAGCCUGUACCGGAUUUUAGCUUCUAUGACCGUUCUGCUCCAAUUUAUACGCAACCUAGAUACUUGCCUCCUUCAAAGGUUCUUGAUGCUGAUGUAACAGACAGUGUCAUUGGCGAAGGCUGUGUUAUUAAACAUUGCACAAUCAACCAUUCUGUGGUUGGACUCCGUUCCUGCAUUUCUGAAGGUGCAGUUAUAGAGGACUCUUUGCUAAUGGGUGCAGACUAUUACGAGACUGAAGAUGAUAAGAAAGUCCUUUCGGAGACUGGUGGUAUUCCCAUUGGUAUUGGGAAGAAUGCACAUAUCAGAAAAGCAAUAAUUGACAAGAAUGCUCGUAUUGGAGAAAAUGUGAAGAUAAUCAAUUUUGAUAAUGUCCAAGAAGCAGUAAGGGAGACAGAAGGAUACUUUAUCAAAAGUGGCAUAGUCACGGUGAUUAAGGAUGCCUUGAUCCCUAGUGGAACAGUCAUAUAGAGUCAACGGUCACCAUGUACAUAAGGUUGGUUUGCAGCAGAUGGUGAUCACCGAUGCACAUUAAGUCGUUUCCAUCCCUUCCAGACCAUUUUCCAUGUUGCAAAAUCACCAAGUUCCGCAUCAACUUGCGAGGAUAUAAUGAAAUAAUAGAACGGAGUUACUCAAAGGCGCCAGUUUCCAAUCACUAGCAUGAGGCUCUGUUCAAAAUGUAUUGUUGAGUGGAAUUUGGAUAUCUUGAUAUGUAUAAUGUAUCCUUUUGCGUUUUCAGACUUCAAAAUACAAUGUUCUUAGACUCUUUGUUACCUUAAUAUGCUCCCUGCAUUGCCCUGGGAAUGAGGAUUAAAUAUGCCAUACAUAAUAUGAUUUUUGUCUGA